AUGUACAUUAAAUUAGCCUUAGUUUUAAUUUUUGCCUUCUUUGCUUUUGCUUUAGCUGAUAACACUUUAUCAAUUUCUCAAAUCCAAACUGGUGGUUGGGGUGAUAGUGAUCCAUACACAGUUUGGGAAGUUACUUUAACCAAUACUGGUAUGAGAACAAUUAUUGAUGCUACUAUCAUUGCUGAAAGUAACCUCAAAGUUGAUAAACCAGAACAAAUGUGGUCUUUAGAAUGUGUAUCACCAGACAAAUACCACUUCCCAUCCUUUUUAGUCCAAAAUGGUUUAACCAAUGGUACCUAUCACAAAUUUGGCUACAUUAACCACUCAGGUGAACCAGCCAUCUUCACUGCAUGUGACAUCAUCUACAAAUAAAUGAACUGGGCUUCAUUUGAUUAAAUUGUUUUAAAAAACUAAAGCAAUAC